GUCGCGCACCAGACCCCUGCUACGCCUCAAUCGUCACUCGACGCCAACUCCCCAAACGGCAGCCGCUCGUCGCCGGCGAAAUGCUCACCUACCCCAGCGACCAUCGGGGUUAUCCUCCGCAGCACGUGGCGGUACCCCCCUUCUCUACCUCCGCCGCCCCCUUCACUGUGGACGGGCUCCAUCCCUCGGACCAAACAUCCCCCAACCCUAGCCUCGAUGCCCCCGCCGUCACUUCCCUCUACGCGGCCGGCGAGUGGGGGAAUGCGUCGUGGAUGGAAGCCCCCGUAAGAUACAUGGCCCCGGACGCCGCAGCUUCCGCCUCACCAGGGUUUUCUGGACAUUAUCAUCUGAAUAAGGAUCCUUCAGGCCCUGUGACAAGUCCCAUCGAUGGUGCUCUUUCAUUUCCUGUUAAAGGUCUAACAAGUGAAAGCAUACCUGGAAAUAUUUCCUGUCGAGCAGAAGAGGCAGAGGAAAGUGCACACACUCAAAUACAUACAAAAGAAGGUCAAGAACACUCUCACUGCCAUCCAUACGCCGAGGAGAAUUUGAUGCAGAUGUCUGACUCUAGCCCUAGCAAUCAGGCAAAGUUUCUGAAGCUAAUACACACUUUGUCAGUAGUGCUUCUGUCUACUUGCAAUGGUGGUUCUUCAUUACAGGAAUAUGAAGAGGGGAUUCUGAAAUCUGUUAUUCGAAAUCUUAAAGCUGCUUCUUCUAAAGGAGGCAAGGCUACAUUAAAAGGCGAUGAUUGUUUGAGGAACUCCAGUCAAAUCAGUUGCUUGAGAAACAAUUUGUUGAUGGCAAUCCCUGAACACUCAGUGUCAGAGAGCAUAGAUUCAGAAUUUAAGACAUCUGUUUCACAGGCUCUUUCUAAGCUCCCAGAGGAUAAUAUGCUCGAUGAUACUGAAGUUUCUCAAGUGUCAAUUUACAAAAAAUUAUGGUUUGAAGCAGAAGCUUCAGUGGUUAAACUCAAAUAUGAGCUUCAGCAUGCCCGUAUGAAGCUUGCAAAAAUGAAAGUUUUCAGCAACACGCAAACAGCUCCAGUUGUCCCAUCAGAAAGUGAUAAAGCCUCCAGAGUAAUCUUAUCUGAUGGCCAACCACAUAAUCAUGCCAAAGAUUGCAAUUCCUGUGCUGCGAUCUUGCAAUGUCAUGGAGAAGGUAGUGAUGGCAGACAAUCUUCUUCUAUUAUAAAUAGGACGACGACUCAACAGUGCACUUGUGUUUUGGCUGCUCAAGUCCCGGCUGCUUCCCCAGGGCCUCCGCCACCUGCAUUGGUGCCACAGCGCUACAUGGUCGCGCCCGACAAUCCUUCAGGACCAUACUGUGGUAACUGUGACAAGUUUUGGCUCAGCCCUCAUCCGUGCGACAAGAGGAAUGAUCAGGGACACAAUAUUUUUAGUGGUGCCUCUUUUCCGUCAGGUCCAUGCCAGAGCUCCUCCACCGGACAGGAGCUUCUCACUCAACAACCACCACCUCCUCCUUCAUUAUCUCCAAGGUCCAUUAUUGGUACAAAUAAGAGCAUCGUAAAUGGUCUUGAUGCUGAAAUAUUUGCUCAAAUGAAAGUUCUAGAAUCCCGUAUUGACAAUAUAAGCUCUUUGGGUGAGAGUAAGUGUGAGGGGCAUCAAGAACCUAGCAAGGGAUCAUAUCUCGUUGAAGAUGAUGUUUUGGGGAGGCUGAGAAUUUUGAAGUCCCGCCCUGAUUACAUAACCUCGUUGGGUUUGAAAAGCAGCAACCGUCAGCUUAACACAAGUAUAAAUUCAUCUGAUGAGGUUCAUGAAAUGUUUGCUCGAUUGAAAGUUUUGGAGUCCCGCGUUGACAAAAUAAGCCCUUUGGGUGAGAACAAGUGUGAAGAGGGGGAAAAAGGAAGUGAGGGAUCAUAUCCAGUCGAAGAUGCUGUUUUGGCGAGGCUACAAAUUUUGAAGUCCCGUGCUGAUAAUAUAACCUCUCUGGGUCUGGAAAGCAACAUGCAACAGCUAAAUUCAAGGACGGGCAUAGCAUAUGAGGUUGAAGAUGCUAUUAUGACUAGGCUCGGAAGUUUGAAGUCCCAUCCUGAUGUGGAGGCAUCCUCGAUUGGGGUUGUUGAAGGUGUGGAGGAGGACCCUUGUGCUGUGGGGCUGCGGAUCUCUGGUCGUCAGCCACCUCCAUCGGCUCCUGCACCGUUCAAGAAAACAACAUUGCUACCAGAGGUGUCUGGAGAGUCUCCAGCAAUCCUGAUCUCGUCGUCUGACAAAGCACCGCCUUUGUGUACACUUAAGGAUGCACCUUCAGUGAUGGAGAAAGAUCAUCCUGGGCUGGCAGACGAUGCUCUACAUUCUGCUCCGUUGUUAAGUGUGCCCCAAGAAGCCGGGGGCUUGGCACAGAAGACCGCAAAGGUUAAGUGCCAUCCGCACGGGCCUACGCGAAGAAGAUUUCGUCUACCUUCCACCGUCAAAAUAAAGCGUCCCGGAGCAGAGGGCACUGGCUAUAUUGCUUAGGAGGCUGGGCAUGAUAAAGAAGGAUGAAGUGGAUGAACGUGCCACCGACAGAUGCUUGGCGCUGUUGGAGGCUUCUUUUCCUAAAAGCUUGCUGCAGGCUAUUUUCUGCGGUUCAGACAUGGUGAAGGGCACUCUGGUGAGUUAUGGGGCAUCUCGGCCCGUGACGUUCUUCUGAUUUUCCCUUCCCUGUUUGUGGUGCAACCUCGCAAUGGCUAGGGUCGUCGGAAGCCUCCUUGGUGAGUAGCUAGGUGUUAUUGUAGUGUCGUCUCUUGCUGGUGUCUAGGUGUAGGGCAUUUGGACGGGCUGAUGGUUUCGUCGUAAACCAAAAACCAUGUUUGACCUCGAACCGUAGGGAAUUAUCAUGUUUGCAGAGCAGGGUCUCAAGCAACCCCCUGGACCUCCUCUUCAGUUCACCGUCCGUUAUUUAUUUCCGCAAGCAUGUGCUCAAGGUGAACUCCUCCCUUGAUGGCAAAUAGACGAUCAAGGCAAACUGAAACCAGAUGGAACUGUUUAAUGUCGUGUUGCUCCACAACGUUGAGGCACAUUGAUAUGCUUUGCCUGUU